GUGCAUUCAGCAUUAUUCAUGAUUAAAACCCGUGCAUGCACGCGCGCGCAGUGUCACGCUCUAUUUGAAACGUACACUAAGGCACAAUUAAUUACAGGGUGGGUCCGUGUGGAUAAUUCUUUUGUUUAUUUAUUUGUGCCGUUUUGGGGUUUUUUUUUGUGGAAAUGUAGCUGCUGUCACGGAUGAAGAUGACAAGGAGGAUGGAUGCUUAAAGUGGACGGAGCGUGCCAGGUGUGGCCUGCUUCCAACAGCAACAUCUGGCCGACGCCACCUCACCAGCAGCCCAACCCUGGACUCGAGAGCCUCGAAGUAGCAGAGAUGGAGGAAGUGGAUUCGCAAGGAGAAGGGCCAAUGGCGGUCAGGGACGGACCGAGCGGCCAUGGCAAACCGUCAAACAUUGGAGGCUCCUGCAACACCACCACCAACCUGCUGGCUUCUGUCAAAGAACAGGAGCUGCAGUUUGAGAGGCUGACGCGGGAGUUGGAGGAGGAGCGUCAGAUUGUGGCGAGCCAGCUGGAGAGGUGCAUGCUGGGAGCUGAGUCACCGGUGGCAGACAGCAGCAGCUCGUCAGAGAAGUCAUUUGCUUGGAGAUCUGCGGGAGGAGACUCGCAGGGCAUGGUGGCAUCGGCAUGUCAAGGUCGUCGCAUGGAGGCAGAGGAGGGACUGUACCCCCCUGAAGCGGACCGCGCAUCCCUGCAUGACAGUGAGGGCUCGGGCGGCCACUCAGCUCACCUGACCUCCUAUUCAGACAGCGGCUAUCAGGACAGCAACGUCAGUUACUACAGCAACCAGAACGUUGUACGUUCCGAGCCCCGUGCUUCUGUUUCGAGAAGCCCUAGAGCUGAGGGUCAAGCGUCCGGCCAGCCAUCUGGUCGAAUGCUGCGACGGAUGGCAUCCCUUCCUUCUAGGAGCCAGUCUCCCGGCUGUGCCACUGCUGGCACAGUCUCACCGUCUCGCAUAUCAUUGCGAACAUCCCAGGGCAGCACCUAUGACUCACCCAUCCUCUCAGAGCCUAAACCGCUGGCAACGGUCUUCCCCGGAACUAGCAUGCCACCCUCCUGCCCAUCACCCUCCUCCCCAGGCGAAGGCACACCGGCCCUCGGCGGCAGAGGAGCUGGUGGCGGUGGACAUCUGGGCUCCACACUCUCUCUCAUCGAGGGGAGGGGUUUACUGGGGUCACCAUUGCGCUCUGGGAUGACGGCGGUACCCCAACAUUACGGCUCCACACUGCCCAGACAGAGCCAAUCAUUGGCCUAUGGAGCGGACCCAUAUGGCCUGUACCAGAGGAGUGCGCUGCCCCGCCCUGACAGCCUCAUAGGCCUUCAUAGCUCCUAUGCCAGCCAACCAGGCCAUAUUGACCCGGAGUUGAGGGCAGCAUUAUCUCCAGAUUCUCAUAUGACACCAGUUUUCGAUGACCACACCUUCCACAGCCCCUUGUAUCACAGCCCCUCCCAAGAACUGCAGGGCUGUCUCUACGGGACAGGCGCAGGUGUCGGGACCCUCCGCCGGACCGCAAGCCAUUGCAGCACUCUGCCAUACCAAAGAAGCAGCUACGGGCUAAACAAUGGGGCUGUGUAUGUGGACUCCUUCAGGGUCCCCGGCGAGCCGGUCUACUCCCAUCAGCACGCGGAGCUGGUGGAGCGGAUGGUCACUCGCACGCCAUCCAUUGAGAGCAUCCACAAAGACCCCAGGGAGUUUGCGUGGCGAGACCCCGAGCUGCCAGAGGUCAUCCACAUGCUGCAGCACCAUUUCCCGUCCGUGCAGGCCAAUGCCGCCGCUUAUUUGCAGCACUUAUGUUUUGGAGACAACGGGAUCAAAGUUGAGGUGUGUCACCUAGGAGGGAUCCAGCACUUGGUGGAUCUGCUGGACAACAAGGCAGCUGAAGUGCAGAAAAGCGCCUGUGGUGCUUUGAGGAACCUUGUGUAUGGGAAAGCCACAGACAACAACAAGGUGGCACUGAGGAACUGCGGUGGUGUGCCUGCACUGUUGCGCCUCCUCAGGAAGACAACAGACAAUGAAGUCCGUGAGCUGGUGACCGGGGUGCUAUGGAACCUUUCCUCCUGCGACGCAGUGAAGAUGACCAUCAUUCGUGACGCCCUGACCACACUGACCAACACGGUGGUCAUCCCCCACUCAGGCUGGAGUAGCCUGUCACACCGUGAACAACACAAGAUCAAGUUCCAAUCCUCCCUACUGCUGCGAAACACCACUGGCUGUAUGAGGAACUUGAGCUCGGCAGGGGAGGAGGCGAGGGGUCAGCUGCGUUGCUGUGAGGGUCUGGUAGACUCACUGCUUCACAUCCUGAAAGCCUGCAUCAAUACCUCUGACUAUGACAGCAAGAUUGUGGAGAACAGCGCGUGCACACUGAGGAACCUCUCCUACCGGCUGGAGGUGGAGAUGCCGUCCUCUCGUCUCCUCGGCAACCAGGAGCUGGACACCCUCUUGGGAUUCUCUUCCACGACCAAGGAUUUAGACUACAUCUGCUGGGGCAAGAGGAGGCGCUUUAGGAAGAGGACCGACUGGCCAGAUGAAAAAUGGGACGGCAUCGGGCCCAUUCCGGGCUUUUCUCAGACUCUGAGGGGUGCCGAGCUGCUGUGGCAUCCAACGGUGGUCAAGCCGUACCUCAACUUGCUGGCCGAGAGCUCGAAUGCUGCCACACUGGAGGGGGCUGCCGGCUCACUGCAAAAUCUGUCUGCGGGAAACUGGAAGUUCUCGGCCUACAUCCGAGCAGCAGUGCGCAAGGAGAAAGGUUUGCCCAUCCUGGUGGAGCUUCUGAGGAUGGACAACGAUCGCGUGGUCUGUUCUGUCGCGACCGCCCUCCGCAACAUGGCGCUGGACGGACGCAAUAAGGAGCUUAUAGGAAAGUACGCCAUGCGGGAUCUGAUCAAUCGGCUGCCUGGCGGAAAUCCAUCAGUGCUGUCAGAUGACACGGUGGCGUCCGUCUGCUGCACCCUGCACGAGGUCACCAGCCGCAACAUGGAAAACGCCAAAGCUCUGGCCGACAGCGGCGGCAUCGAGAAGCUGGUGGAUAUCAGCAAAGGACGAGGAAAAGGGUACUCCAUGAAGGUUAUGAAGGCAGCUGCUCAAGUGUUGAACACACUGUGGCAGUACAGAGAGCUGAGGAGUCUCUACAAACAGGACGGAUGGAACUACACUCACUUCGUCACACCGGUCUCCACUUUGGAGCGAGACCGCUACCGCUCGCAGCCGGCGCUCCCCACCAGCCCCAUUCACGUUUCGCCCGUCAUCCAAUGUGGUGGGAGCGCGACAUCCUCACCAGCCAUGCUGGGGAUCAGGAGGCACAGCUCAAACUACCCGAGAGCGCAAUCGUCUAUGCAACUCGACACGUACUACGGGGAUAACAGUUUACACAAACAUCAGUUUACAGGGUCUGAGAAGAAAACCGCAUAUUUCAUUGGCACGUACAGCUCACAGUCUGGAGACGAGCUCAGAAGGGCCCAGCACCCAGAGCCCUUCUACGAUGAACCGGACAGGAAGAACUACAACAGACUGUACCUGUCGUCGCCGCAAGAUUACGGAGUGGAGCAGUACGAGGACGACGCGGUCCACCUGACCCCGUCCUCUCCCGAUGCUUACGGCGGCCAGCCGCUCCAGUUCAAAACCAACACCAACUAUGUGGACUUCUACUCCACCACACGGAGGCCUUCAAACAGGGCCAACAAGUUCAGCGGGUCCCCCGAUUCCUGGGUGUAAAAAUGUUUGCCCGUGAAAAGCGAAGGGCGCAUAAGACUGCUGAGAGGGCAGAGCUGGAAAUAUCAGCAAAUGUUAAACCACACGUUCUUCAGACGAGUCCUAAAAUGUGAACCAAAAUGGCAGCAUUUUGCUCCUGUCUCAUGCUGGUGAGCGUUCGAAGUAAGGGGUCAGUGAGUGACCAAUGUCCAAAAAGCUAAUUUCGCUGAAUUCCUCGUUAGGGUCCAAAGAGCUCAGUGGAAAGUGCUUUUAGAAAGUCCAGCCUGACUUUGUGUAUGUCUAAUGCCACCUUUUUUUCUGUGGUAACAAUGUGCAGUCUGAUGGUUUCAUAAUGUCAGCCUUGUCAGAGUGGAAGGUGGGGUGACCCGCAACGAACAUUUAGAAUUUGAGAGGGGAUUCGGCUGUAUCGUGCGACGAGGACAACAACAAACUUGAUCAAUGUCAUCCCAAAUCUAUUUCAAGGUUUUGUGCCCCAGAUUUGAAGAGAAAGAACUCACCCACGAGGAGAGAAGGAGAGAAUGCAUCGCUUUCAUGUCUGUUGGGCAAAACUGCAGUAAUAUAUCUUCAAGUAUGUGGACAACUAUCUAUCUGUACAAAUACAACGUUGGAACCGUCAUGUUGAAUUGUUGUAUUCAAUCUGUAAAACUUUACAUGUGACUCUGUGAGAAAGAUUUGUAUAUUAUUUAUGAAUUAUUUAUGAUUUACCUCAGACCUGCUAACAAAACCAUCUCUUUCGUCCAAAACCACUGAAGAUUAUGUGAAAUGUUACACAUGGAAAUACUGUAUAUUAGUAGUGAAAAAAGAUGUGGCAAAAUAACAUAAUAAAAACUUGGAAAUUA